CGCAUACCUUUUUCAAAAGCGACGCGGCAAGUGACGUCAUUGUUGUGCGACCGGUGGAGAAAUGGCGAGCGGCAAAAAGAGUGCACUUCUCUCCUCUUUGGCGGAUUAUGGAGACGAUUCAGAGGCAGAUUCCGACCAAGAGAUAGAAGAAACAGAGGGCCAUGGAGUAGGUCUGGUGUCUGCUGCCUACGGAGAGGACGACAUUAGCCGGAUUGAGGAUGGCGACGACAAGGCAUCUGGAGACGAGGACAGUGGGGAGAGCUCCCGUAACUCAGAAAUGGAAGAGUCUGAUGAGGGCGGAGACACAGAUGAUUAUAAGGAGAUCCCAGAGGCAGAGAGGAAGGACCCCAAUGAGUUGGUCGCUCUGUUCUCAGAGAAAGUGAGGAACAUGUCGCCUGACAAGAUCCGGAUCCCCCCUGAACCACCAGGACGCUGCUCCAGUCACCUACAGGAGAAGAUCCAGAAGCUGUAUGAAAAGAAUCUACAUGGAGACUUUGACACAAACAACCACAUUCAGAAGAAGAAAGAGUUCAGGAAUCCCAGUAUCUAUGAGAAACUCAUUCAGUUCUGUGGCAUUGAUGAACUGGGAACCAACUACCCUAAAGACAUGUUUGAUCCUCACGGCUGGUCAGAGGACUCUUACUAUGAGGCACUGGCCAAAGCUCAGAAGGUAGAGAUGGAUAAACUGGAGAAAGCCAAGAAGGACAGGACGAAGGUGAGGGACACGGGCGCUUUUAUUGACUUGAAGAGGGGACCUGAGAUUGAGUUUGUGACGGGCACUAAGAAGGGGACAAUCCCCACCAAUGCAGCUGUUCCCACCACCAAUACAGCUACUACCACAGCUACAGCAGAGGCUCAGAAGAGGAAGAGUAAGUGGGACUCUGCAGUGCCCGUGACCCUGGCCCAGCCCGCACUGCUCACUACCACGGCAACCCUGCCAGGGGUGGUCUCCGUGACAACCACCGCCAGCGGAACCAAGACCACCGUCAUCUCCGCCGUUGGCACCAUCCAGAAGAAAGCCAAGCAGUGAACCGGCAUGGGGAGAGGAAGUGUGUGUGUUUUGAAUGGAUGGAUGAAUGUGUGUGUGCAUUUAGCUGUGUGGCUGUAUUACUAAAUGCAAAAAGAGGGAGAGUGAAAGAAUGUCUUCAGACAAUAUGGAUGUCACAUGAACAUUUCUGUAUUCAUCCUUUCUGGCUGUACAAGACCUCUGCAUCUCUACUGCCGUCGGUCUUUGGGAUUGGAUCUACAAUAUGUGGUCAAAGGACUCAAGCCUGACUUGAGAUUCAAUAAGACUAUUUUUCUGUCAGUUCUGCAUUGAUAUCAACAUAAGGUUCCUUUUUUCAUCCAGCUCUCCAGUCAGCACCCUGUUGACGUUAUGCAUUGAUGUGUUUUUUUUCCUGUCGACAAGAAACAGUGUUUUGAUGUUAGCUAAAGACUAUCCAUUGGGAAAACCACCCUACCUAGAAAGUAGCCGCGUUAUGGCAUAAGUUGCUAGCCUCUUGACUGAAGCUUGAGUUAGUUUCUUUAUUCCAUCCUCCUGUAAAAGGGUUUCUUACAGUGUCAACCCAUCUGUUAUGGUACAGUAUAUAUUACUAUUAGUUUUGGCCUCAACUUCAUUAUUUCCUUUCUACCCACAGUGUAUAUUUGUGCUAUUUCCUAUGUUCUGUGUUUUGACCAUCUACUGGACAGACUACGGACAUCAGCAUCAACAUUUCUUGUCUCAUUUUCAAUGGCCUAUUCAAAGAGCUUAGCGGGAAUAUUUUUUACAAAUGUACAUAUAUCGCUGAUGAUGAUGAUGAUAGGAUGGUAAAUAAAACAAACGUCAUACUGCCUUUUCAA